CACACAUACUCUCUCCAGCCAUUCCCCCUCUCUCAUUAAUAACACUGCUGGAUUCCUCAGCCCCUCAUGAUCAGGGGGACACCCUGGCUGGAAGACUGCUGCUGCUGAGAGAGGAGGAGAGGCAGAGGGGCAGCAGCAUAGACUGCAUGCCUCCCCUUACCUGACCACCAGUUCCCCCACACAUCUCCCCGACACUGGACUACAGAUUUUGCUGGUGUUUUCCCCUUUCCUCCAGCCUCCUCACCAGUCCCAUUUUGGGUGGACUACCUCCCCCCCUCCCAGUGGCUGCCGGUGACUUGGUAUCCAGGAGUGGUGGAGGGAGCCUGGCAGGCGGAGGCUAGCCGGGGAUAAAGGCACCCCCUCCCCUCCAUCUUCCUUAGCCCCCCGUUAGUGCUUCGCCCCAUAAUGCCGUCUUUCAGGACAGAUGUUCCAGUGGUUGUGGCUCUGGGAUUGCUGCUGCUGCAUCUGUGCGUCCUGCAUGUCCACGCCACCUCUGUCAACGAUGCUCCAAAAACAUGCAGCUCUAGGCAUUUUACCUGCAAGGACCAGGUAACGUGCAUCUCAAACGGUUGGAGGUGUGAUAAUGAGAAGGAUUGUCCUGAUGGUUCAGAUGAGGAUCCUGAAAUAUGUCCAGAUAGCAAACUUUCCAAAUGCCAGCCCAAUGAGCAUAACUGUAUUGGCACAGAGAUCUGCAUACCUAUGAGUAAGCUGUGUGACGCCCACACCGACUGUGCAGAUGGCUCGGACGAAGGACCUUUCUGUAGGGAAUAUGCUCACAACUGUACCAUAGCGGGCUGUCAGCAUAACUGUGCACGUACCACAUCGGGACCAGUAUGUUACUGUAACACCUCCUUCCAGCUCGCUGAAGACGGCAAGACUUGCAAUGACUUUGAUGAAUGUACGCUUUAUGGAACGUGUAGCCAGACCUGCCAGAACACUGAAGGGUCAUACACUUGUAGAUGUGUGGAGGGAUAUCUGCUGCAGCCUGACAACAAGUCCUGCAAAGCUAAGAAUGAGCCAGUUGACAGACCUACAGUGUUGCUUAUUGCCAGCACGCAGAAUAUCUUAGCCACAUACUUGAAUGGGUCUCCUGUGCCAACUAUUAACCCAACCAGCACAAAACAAACAACUGCAAUGGAUUUCAACUAUGUUGAGGAGACGGUGUGCUGGAUCAAUAUGGGAGACAGCCCUUCCCAGACUACACUAAACUGUGCCAAAAUUCCAAACCUGAAGGGUUUUACAGAAGAGCGUACCAUCAACAUCUCUCUGAGCCUGCAUAAUGUAGAACAGAUGGCCAUAGACUGGUUAACGGGCAACUUCUACUUUGUGGAUGAUAUUGAUGAUCGGAUCUUUGUCUGCAAUAAAAAUGGUGACACUUGCGUCACUCUUCUUGACAGAGAGCUUUUUAAUCCCAAGGGUAUUGCUCUGGAUCCAGCUAUGGGUAAAGUAUUUUUUACGGAUUAUGGGCAGAUUCCCAAAGUGGAGAGGUGUGAUAUGGACGGCCAGGACAGAACAAAGCUAGUGGAGAGUAAAAUAGUCUUUCCACAUGGAAUCACAUUGGAUCUGGUGAACCGUUUAGUGUACUGGGCAGAUGCGUACCUGGAUUACAUUGAAGUGGUGGACUAUGAAGGCAAGAACAGGCACACCAUCAUUCAGGGAUUGUUGAUAGAACAUUUAUAUGGCCUUACGGUUUUCGAGAAUUAUUUGUAUGCUACAAAUACGGACCAUGCCAAUGUGCAGCAGAAAACCAGCGUGAUCCGUGUUAAUCGGUUCAACAGUACAGAGCACCAGGUUGUGACCAGGGUAGAUAAAGGUGGCGCUCUACACAUUUACCACCAACGGAGGCAGCCAACUGUGAGGAGCCACGCCUGUGAGCUGGAUCAGUACAAGAAGCCCGGAGGUUGCUCGGAUAUUUGUCUGCUUUCCAACACUCAUAAAAGCAAAACAUGUCGUUGCCGAUCGGGGUUCAGCCUUGGCAGUGAUGGCAAGUCAUGCAAAAAGCCGGAACAUGAACUAUUCCUGGUUUAUGGUCGAGGACGUCCUGGUAUCAUUCGAGGGAUGGACAUGGGAGCCAAUAUACCAGACGAACACAUGAUACCCAUCGAGAACCUAAUGAACCCUCGUGCUCUGGACUUUCAUGCGGAGUAUGGGUUUGUGUACUUUGCAGACACCACAAGCUUUCUGAUCGGGAGACAGAAAAUCGACGGCACUGGUCGAGAAAAUAUUCUCCAUGAAGGUAUCCAUAAUGUGGAAGGUCUUGCUGUAGAUUGGAUGGGAAACAACCUUUACUGGACAGAUGAUGGGCCAAAGAAGACUAUCAGUGCGGCACGCCUGGAGAAGGCUUCACAGUCCCGGAAAAUCUUAGUAGAGGGCAAGAUGACUCAUCCUAGAGCCAUUGUGGUAGACCCAUUGAAUGGGUGGAUGUACUGGACAGACUGGGAGGAAGAUCCCAAGGAUAGCAAACGUGGAAAGAUUGAAAAAGCCUGGAUGGAUGGUUCUAACCGGAGCAUCUUUGUUACGUCUAAAGCUGUUCUGUGGCCAAACGGUCUGAGCAUUGACAUUCCGAACAAGAUAUUAUACUGGGUGGAUGCCUUUUAUGACCGUAUUGAAAUGGUAUACCUCAACGGUACUGGCCGCAAGGCCGUGUAUGAAGGUCCAGAGUUGAAUCAUGCUUUUGGUCUGUGCCACCAUGGUAACUUUCUCUUCUGGACAGAGUACAGAAGUGGCAGCAUAUUGCGCCUAGAUCAAGUCUCCAAAGUUGUCACUCAUCUGAGAAAUGAAAGACCACCAAUCUUUGAAAUCCGAAUGUAUGAUGCCCAGCAGCAGCAAGUGGGCUCCAAUGCUUGCCGUGUCAACAAUGGUGGCUGCAGCAGCCUUUGCUUGGCAGUGCCUGGGAGCAGACAGUGUGCUUGUGCUGAAGAUCAGAUUCUGGAUGAUGAUGGCGUCACCUGUAACGGCAACCCAUCAUACAUCCCUCCACCCCAAUGCCAGCCUGGAGAGUUUGCCUGUUCGAACAGCCGCUGCAUCCAGGAACGCUGGAAGUGUGAUGGAGACAACGACUGUCUAGAUAAUAGUGAUGAGGCUACUGAUCUGUGCCAUCAACACACUUGCCCAUCAGACCGAUUCAAAUGUGAGAACAACAGAUGUAUCCCUAACCGCUGGCUUUGUGAUGGUGACAAUGACUGUGGCAAUGGAGAGGAUGAAUCCAACUCUACUUGUUCAGCUCGGACGUGCCCUCCUAAUCAGUUCUCCUGCGCUAGUGGCCGUUGCAUCCCUAGUUCUUGGACUUGUGACCUAGAUGAUGACUGUGGUGAUCGUUCAGACGAAUCCUCUUCCUGUGCUUACCCGACCUGUUUCCCUCUUACACAGUUUACCUGUAACAGUGGUCGCUGCAUCAAUAUAAACUGGCGCUGUGAUAAUGACAAUGACUGUGGAGACAACAGUGAUGAGGACGGCUGCAGUCACUCUUGUUCUAGCACCCAGUUUAAGUGCAACAGUGGCCGCUGUAUCCCAGAACACUGGACAUGCGAUGGGGACAAUGACUGUGGUGAAUACAGCGAUGAGACCCACGCUAACUGCACAAACCAAGCUACUCGUCCUCCUGGUGGCUGCCAUACUGAUGAGUUCCAGUGCCGGCUGGAUGGGUUGUGCAUUCCCAGCCGCUGGCGCUGUGAUGGUGACACAGACUGCAUGGAUACAAGCGAUGAGAAAAACUGUGAUGGUGUGACACAUGCAUGUGACCCCAAUGUCAAGUUCAGCUGCAAGGAUUCAGCAAGGUGCAUUAGUAAAGCCUGGGUGUGUGACGGUGAUAAUGACUGUGAGGACAGCUCUGAUGAAGAGAACUGUUACAUGUUGGUGUGUAAACCUCCAUCUCACACCUGCGCCAAGAACACUUCCAUCUGCCUGCCCCCUGAGAAGCUUUGUGAUGGUGAAAAUGAUUGUGGCGAUUACUCGGAUGAAGGAGAGCUGUGUGAUCAGUGCUCGCUAAACAAUGGUGGCUGCAGUCAUAACUGCACAGUGGCCCCUGGAGAAGGUAUUGUGUGUUCCUGUCCCUGUCCACUGGGAAUGGAAACUGGUCCAGAUAACAAGACGUGCCAGAUCCUGAAUAACUGUGCGAAACAUCUAAGCUGCAGCCAGAGGUGUACACAGGAGAAGUUUAUAGUCAAGUGCUCCUGCUAUGAUGGCUGGGUGCUGGAUCCGGAACACGAUACCUGCAAAAGUCUAGAUCCCUUUAAACCAUUUAUUAUAUUUUCAAAUCGCCAUGAAAUCCGCCGGAUAGAUUUGAACAAGGGUGAUUACAGUGUCCUUGUGCCAGGAUUGAGGAACACCAUUGCACUUGAUUUCCACUUGAACCAAAGCACCCUCUACUGGACUGACGUGGUAGAGGACAAGAUCUAUCGUGGGAAACUGUCUGAAAGUGGUGCCCUCACCAGCUUUGAAGUAAUAAUCCAGUAUGGUCUGGCAACUCCUGAGGGUCUGGCUGUAGAUUGGAUUGCUGGAAAUAUAUAUUGGGUAGAAAGUAACCUGGACCAGAUUGAGGUGGCCAAGUUAAAUGGUACAAUGAGGACAACUCUUCUGGCUGGAGACAUUGAGCAUCCUCGCGCCAUUGCCCUGGAUCCUCGAAAUGGAAUCCUCUUCUGGACCGACUGGGAUUCCAGUAUGCCACGCAUUGAAGCCGCCUCUAUGAGUGGAGAGGGGCGCAGGAUCAUUCAUAAAGAGACUGGAUCAGGAGGGUGGCCAAACGGUCUCACUGUUGACUAUCUGGAGGAACGUAUUCUGUGGAUAGACGCCAGGUCAGAUGCAAUUUAUUCUGCAAAGUAUGAUGGCUCUGGACACAUUGAAGUACUUAAAGGCCAUGAGUACUUAUCUCACCCUUUUGCAGUCACACUGUAUGGCGGAGAGGUGUACUGGACAGACUGGAGGACGAACACAUUAGCAAAGGCAAAUAAAUGGACUGGUCACAAUGUAACCAUUGUACAGCGCACCAACACUCAGCCUUUUGACCUUCAGGUGUACCAUCCCUCCCGCCAACCCCAAGCUCCAAAUCCAUGUGCGGCAAAUGAUGGGAAAGGGCCCUGCAGUCACUUGUGCCUUAUUACUUACAACCAGUCCUUCUCCUGCGCUUGCCCACACCUCAUGAGGCUGUCCCCAGACAAAAAGACAUGUCUUGAAUCCAGGAGAUUCCUCUUGUAUGCUCGCCAGAUGGAAAUUCGCGGAGUGGACAUUGACAACCCAUAUUACAACUACAUCAUCUCUUUCACUGUCCCGGAUAUUGACAAUGUUACUGUAGUGGAUUACGAUGCCCUAGAACAGCGUAUCUACUGGUCAGAUGUCCGCACACAGACCAUCAAGAGAGCGUUUAUCAAUGGCACAGGCGUAGAGACGGUCGUAUCUGCUGAUUUACCUAAUGCCCAAGGGCUGGCUGUUGAUUGGGUGUCUCGGAACCUGUUUUGGACAAGUUACGAUGCCAACAAGAAGCAAAUAAACGUGGCUCGCUUAGAUGGGUCAUUUAAGAAUGCAGUCAUCCAAGGAUUGGAUAAACCCCACUGCCUAGUGGUGAAUCCACUUGAAGGGAAACUCUACUGGACCGAUGGUGACAAUAUCAGCAUGGCUAAUAUGGAUGGCACAGAACGGCAAGUCCUCUUUACCGGUCAUAAAGGACCGGUUGGCUUAUCCAUUGAUUUCAUUGACAAAAAAUUGUACUGGAUCAACUCUGGGGCUGGCACCAUUAAUAGAUGUAACCUCAAUGGAAAAGGAUUGGAGGUUCUUCUUACCAUGAAGUCUUAUCUGGGAAAAGCAACAGCAUUAGCCAUUAUGGGUGACAAGCUAUGGUGGGCAGACCACGCCUAUGAUAAAAUGGGGAUUUGUAAUAAGAAGGAUGGAUCAGAGCCACAGGUCUUGCGGCAGAACACAAACCAGGUCAUGCACAUGAAGGUUUAUGAUGAAGAAAUACAGACAGGUACAAACAACUGUUCAGUAAACAAUGGAGACUGUUCUCAACUGUGUCUUCCAACUUCUCCUACAACAAGAUCGUGUAUGUGCACUGCUGGGUAUAGCCUCAAGAGUGGGCAGCAAACAUGUGAGGGAGUUGGCUCCUUCUUGCUGUACUCUGUACAUGAAGGCAUACGAGGCAUUCCUUUGGAUCCAUUGGAUAAAUCUGAUGCUUUAGUUCCAGUAUCUGGCACGUCCUUGGCAGUUGGCAUGGACUUCCAUGCAGAGAAUGACACAAUCUACUGGGUGGACAUGGGGCUUAGCACCAUCAGUCGAGCUAAGCGAGACCAGACCUGGCGAGAGGAUGUGGUUACAAAUGGAAUUGGCAGAGUUGAGGGCAUUGCAGUAGACUGGAUAGCGGGCAAUAUCUACUGGACAGAUCAAGGCUUUGAUGUCAUUGAGGUGGCUCGUCUAAAUGGUUCCUUCCGUUAUGUUGUGAUAUCAAAAGGUCUGGACAAGCCACGAGCCAUCACUGUUCAUCCCGAGAAAGGGUAUCUGUUUUGGACUGAAUGGGGUCAAUUUCCUCGUAUUGAGAGGUCUUUCCUAGAUGGCAGUGGGAGGAUUAUCCUAGUAGAUGUCAGUAUCAGUUGGCCCAAUGGAGUUUCCAUAGAUUAUGAGGAAGGAAAGCUGUACUGGUGUGAUGCUCGUACUGAUAAGAUUGAGAGGAUUGACCUUGAGACAGGGAAGAACAGAGAGGUGGUGUUGUCUAACAACAAUAUGGACAUGUUCUCCGUGUCUGUCUUUGAAGAUUACAUCUACUGGAGUGAUAGGACUCAUGCUAAUGGCUCCAUUAAACGAGGGAACAAGGACAACGCUACAGAAUCUGUCUCUCUGCGAACUGGAAUAGGAGUACAGCUCAAAGACAUCAAAGUCUUCAACAAAGACCGCCAGAAGGGAACAAAUGUAUGUGCUGAUAACAAUGGUGGUUGCCAACAAUUGUGCCUCUACCGAGGUGGAGGACAACGCACCUGUGCCUGUGCCCAUGGAAUGCUUGCAGAAAAUGGACUGAGCUGCAGGGAGUAUGACGGUUACCUCUUGUAUUCAGAAAGGACCAUUUUAAAAAGUAUACAUUUAUCAGAUGAAAGCAGCCUCAAUGCGCCUGUCAAACCCUUUGAAGAUCAUGAACACAUGAAGAAUGUUAUUGCUCUAGCAUUUGACUAUCAGAGCAGUGACAAAGGAGGAACACGCAUCUUCUACAGUGAUAUCCACUUUGGGAACAUCCAACAGAUCAACAAUGAUGGCACUGGACGAAAGACAGUCGUGGAGAAUGUAGGUUCGGUGGAAGGGCUGGCUUAUCAUCGGGCCUGGGACACCUUGUACUGGACCAGUUACACCACUUCUACAAUCACACGCCACACUGUUGACCAAAAACGUUUUGGGGCUUUUGAGCGAGAAACUGUUGUCACUAUGUCUGGAGAUGAUCAUCCACGUGCCUUUGUUUUGGAUGAAUGUCAGAACUUCAUGUUUUGGACCAACUGGAAUGAGCAGCACCCCAGUAUUAUGCGGGCAACACUUACAGGCAGCAAUGUGCUUAUCAUUAUUGAUCGUGACAUCCGCACCCCCAAUGGACUUGCAAUAGAUCACAGAGCUGAGAAACUGUACUUCUCCGAUGCCACUCUUGACAAGAUUGAGCGCUGCGAAUAUGACGGCACCAAUAGACAUUGGAUAUUAAAGUCUGACCCAGUGCACCCCUUCGGCCUAGCUGUGUACGGUGAUUACAUCUUUUGGACUGACUGGGUGAGGCGUGCUGUUCAGCGGGCAAACAAAUAUGAUGGUUCCGACCUGAAACUCCUUAGAGGCGAUAUUCCACAGCAACCCAUGGGCAUCAUUGCUGUAGCAAAUGAUACAAACAGCUGUGAAUUAUCACCAUGUAAUAACAACAACAGUUUUUGUCAAGACCUGUGUCUUCUCACUGCGGAUGGGAGGGUGAACUGCUCCUGCAGAGGUGAUAGGAUUCUGCAAGAAGAUUUCACAUGCAAAGCUCCGAACUCUACUUGCAAUCCACAUGAUGAGUUUGAAUGUGGUAAUGGUGACUGCAUCAACUACAGCUUGACGUGUGAUACUGUGGCCCACUGUAAAAACAAGGCAGAUGAAAAGCACUCCUAUUGUGCUAAUCGGCGUUGUAAGAAAGGUUUCCGGCACUGUAUGAAUGGGCGUUGCAUCGCCACCGCCUACUGGUGCAAUGGUCUUGAUGACUGUGGCGAUAACACAGAUGAGGCAUCUUGCAACAAAACCGGCUGCGCGCUCGAGGAGUUCCGGUGCCGAGAUGGGAACUGCGUUGGGAACUCCAGUCGCUGUAACCAACUCAUUGACUGUGAAGAUGCCUCAGAUGAGAUGAACUGCAACAUUACUGACUGCAACAGUUUCUUUAAGCUGGGAGUAAAAGGAAUGACCUUCCAGAGGUGCGAGAAGACCUCUCUCUGCUAUGCCCCCAGCUGGGUCUGUGAUGGUUCAAACGACUGUGGUGACUUCACGGAUGAGAUGAACUGCCCAGGUAUUCGCAAGAGAAAGUGCCCAGUGAACUACUUUGCCUGCCCCAGUGGGCGCUGCAUUCCUAUGAGCUGGACCUGUGAUAAGGAGAAUGACUGUGAGAAUGGGGAAGAUGAGAGCCAUUGUGACAAAUUCUGCACUUCCAUGCAGUUCAACUGCAGUAACCACCGCUGCAUCUCCAAACUCUGGGUGUGUGAUGGUUCCGACGACUGUGGGGACAAAUCAGAUGAGGAAAUCCCCUGUCAAUCUACCACCUGUAGUCCUGAAUCCUACCAGUGCCCUGGCACCAAUGUGUGCCUACUCCGCCGCUGGCUUUGUGAUGGUGAUAAAGACUGUCAAGAUGGGGCAGACGAGAGCGUGCAUGCUGGCUGUAUUUUCAACAAUACCUGUGACUCCAAGGAAUUCUUGUGCCAGAAUCGUCAGUGUAUCCCGAAGCAGUUUGUGUGCGACCAUGAUUCUGAUUGCAGCGAUGGAUCUGAUGAGUCUCCGGAGUGUGAGUAUCCUACAUGCGGUGUUGAGGAGUUCCGCUGUGCUAAUGGCCGGUGUCUACUAAACAAGCAGUGGGAGUGUGAUGGAGAGUUUGACUGCCAUGAUAGGUCAGAUGAAGCACCAAAGAAUCCACGUUGUACGAGCACUGAAGGCAAAUGCAAUGAGACGUUCUACCUCUGUAAAAAUGGAAAGUGCAUCCCAGAACACCUUCUGUGUGAUAACAACAAUGACUGCGGGGAUGGCUCCGAUGAACUCAAUUGUUUUGUCAAUGAGUGUCUGAACAAGAGGAUGAGUGGCUGCAGCCAAGAGUGUGAGGACCUUAAGAUUGGAUACAAGUGCAGAUGCCGUCCUGGUUUCCGGCUGAAGGAUGACGGUAAAACUUGCGUAGAUAUUGAUGAGUGCACAACCACUUAUCCCUGCAGCCAAAGGUGCAUCAACAAUUUAGGAAGCUUCCGCUGCCUUUGUGUGGAGGGCUAUGAAAUGCGACCCAGUGACACCAUGAGCUGCAAGGUGUCCAGUUCAGUUACAGUUGAAGAACCGUUCUUAAUUUUUGCCAACCGAUACUACCUGAGAAAACUGAGCUUGGGAGGCAACAAUUACACACUACUGAAGCAGGGCCUGAAUAAUGCUGUUGCGUUAGACUUUGAUUAUCGAGAAGAGAUGAUCUACUGGACUGAUGUCACUACGCAGGGCAGCAUGAUCCGGCGAAUGCACAUCAAUGGGAGCAACGUCCAGGUUCUGCAUCGUACUGGACUCAGUAACCCUGAUGGACUGGCUGUGGACUGGGUUGGAGGUAAUCUGUACUGGUGUGACAAAGGAAGGGACACUAUUGAAGUUUCCAAACUGAAUGGGGCUUAUCGUACAGUGCUGGUUAACUCUGGCCUGAGGGAGCCUCGUGCACUGGUGGUAGAUGUACAGCAUGGCUACUUGUAUUGGACAGACUGGGGAGAUAAUUCUUUGAUUGGUAAGAUCGGUAUGGAUGGCACCAACCGCAGUGUCAUUGUGGACAGCAAGAUUACCUGGCCCAAUGGUCUGACCUUGGAUUAUGUCAAUAGCAGAAUAUACUGGGCUGACGCUAGAGAGGAUUAUAUUCAGUUUGCUGAUCUCGAUGGCCGCAACAGACACACAGUGCUUAGUCAAGAUAUCCCGCACAUCUUUGCCCUGACACUCUUUGAAGAUUACAUAUACUGGACAGAUUGGGAAACUAAAUCUAUCAACCGAGCACACAAAACUACAGGAGUAAACAAGUCCAUGCUAAUCAGCACCCUACACCGACCCAUGGACAUACACAUCUACCAUCUCUACCGGCAACCCGAUGUUCCCAAUCACCCCUGCAAAAAUAACAAAGGGGGCUGCAGUAACCUCUGUCUUCUUUCACCUGACGGGGGAUACAAGUGUGCUUGUCCGACCAACUUCUAUCUUGGAGCAGAUGGGAAAACCUGUGUAUCCAACUGCACUGCCAGCCAGUUUGUCUGCAAAAACGACAAAUGUAUUCCCUUCUGGUGGAAAUGUGACACGGAGGAUGAUUGUGGCGACCGAUCAGAUGAGCCUGCUGAUUGCCCGGACUUUAAGUGCCGCCCAGGACAAUUCCAGUGCUCCACAGGAAUCUGCACCAAUCCCGCAUUCAUCUGUGAUGGGGACAAUGACUGCCAGGACAACUCUGAUGAAGCCAACUGUGAUAUUCACGUAUGUCUGCCCAGCCAGUUCAAGUGCACCAACACAAAUCGCUGUAUACCAGGCAUCUUCCGCUGCAACGGUCAAGACAACUGCGGUGACGGAGAUGAUGAAAAGGAUUGUCCUGAAGUUACCUGUGCUCCAAAUCAGUUCCAGUGUGCAAUUAACAAGCGCUGUAUACCCAGAGUCUGGGUGUGUGACAGAGACAAUGACUGCGUGGAUGCAUCUGAUGAACCAGAUAACUGCACUCAGAUGACCUGUGGGGUGGAUGAGUUCCGGUGUAAGGACUCUGGGAGGUGCAUUCCUGCACGCUGGAAAUGUGAUGGGGAAGAUGACUGCGGGGAUAGUUCGGAUGAACCCAAAGAAGAAUGUGAUGAACGAACUUGCGAACCGUAUCAGUUCCGCUGUAAGAACAACCGCUGUGUCCCUGGGCGCUGGCAGUGUGAUUAUGACAAUGAUUGUGGGGACAACUCUGAUGAGGAGACCUGCACACCUCGACCAUGUUCAGAAAGUGAAUUCUCAUGUUCCAAUGGGCGCUGCAUUGCUGGUCGAUGGAAGUGUGAUGGGGAUCAUGAUUGCAUUGAUGGAUCAGAUGAGAAAGGCUGUCUGUUGCGAUGUGAGCCUGACCAGUUCCAGUGUACAAACAACCAUUGCAUCCCGCAUCGCUGGCUUUGUGACGGUGAUGCUGACUGCAUGGAUGGAAGCGAUGAGAUGAACUGCAGUACUAGAGUAGUCCGAACUUGCCCACUGGACGAGUUUCAGUGUAACAACACACUGUGCAAACCAUUGGCUUGGAAAUGUGAUGGCGAGGACGACUGUGGGGACAACUCUGAUGAGAGACCAGAGGAAUGCUUGAGGUUCACUUGUCCUCCGUACAGACAGUUCCGCUGCAGGAAUGACCGCGUCUGUCUGAGCACAGCACGGGUCUGUGAUGGGAUCGAUAACUGUGGAGAUGGCACAGAUGAAGAGAAUUGUGACUUUCACAAUGCGCAGAGUUGUGAUGUGGAUAAAGUGGAGUUCCUGUGUAAAAACAACAAGUGCAUCAGCAACACCCUUCUGUGUGACCUGUUCGAUGACUGUGGAGAUGGUUCAGAUGAAGAAACCUGUCCUACUAAUGUUCAAAACUAUGGCUGCCAUGAAAAUAGCACAGUUUGUGGAGAGGAGAUGAAGUGCAUCCAGACAGCAACCAGUGUGUACUGCACUUGUAAAGAGGGUUUCCAGAAGAUUCCAGGCAGCAAUGCAUGCAGAGAUGUCAAUGAGUGCCUGGCAUUUGGUACAUGCUCACAGAUCUGUAACAACACCAAAGGCUCCUACCUGUGCACCUGUGCAAAGAACUUCAUCAAGUCGAAUCACACUUGCAAAGCAGAUGGGGCAAACCAAAUCCUGUACAUUGCUGAUGACAAUGAGAUCAGAAGUGUCUACCCAUUCAAUCCCAACUCUGCAUAUGAGCAGACAUUCAGAGGGGAUCAGAACGUGCGCAUUGAUGCCAUGGACGUGUAUGUGAAGGGCAACAAGAUGUACUGGAGCAACUGGCACACGGGAAAGAUCUCUUAUCUAGAGCUGCUUGGGCCCUUAACUUCCACCACCUCCAACCGCAACAAGAGGCAGAUCGAUGAGGGGGUGACCGAUCUGGAUAUCCCUGGCCUGAAGAUGCCCAGAGGCAUUGCUGUUGAUUGGGUAGCAGGAAACCUUUAUUGGACGGAUUCAGGCCGUGAUGUCAUUGAGGUGGCUCAGAUGAAGGGAGAACAUCGGAAGACACUGAUCUCUGGCAUGAUUGAUGAACCCCAUGCCAUAGUGGUGGAUCCUUUAAGGGGAACUAUGUACUGGUCUGACUGGGGUAACCAACCAAAAAUUGAAACUGCAUCUAUGGAUGGAACAAUGAGAGAGACUUUGGUAGAGGACAACAUUCAAUGGCCUACCGGCUUAGCAGUGGAUUAUUACAAUGAGCGCCUUUACUGGGCUGAUGCCAAAUUAUCUAUAAUCAGCAGUAUUCGUCUUAAUGGAACAGACCCUGUUGUGGUGAUCAGUAACAAGAAAGGUCUGGCCCAUCCAUUUAGCAUUGACAUAUUUGAGGAUUACAUCUUUGGAGUAACAUACAUAAACAAUAUAGUGUUUAAAGUGCACAAGUUUGGACACGGCCCAGUGACCAACCUCACGUGGGGAAUAAAUCAUGCUACUGACGUGGUUCUGCACCACCAGCACAAGCAACCUGAAGUGACAAAUCCAUGUGAUCGGAAGAAGUGCGAGUGGCUGUGCUUGUUGAGUCCUAGUGGACCAGUUUGCACAUGUCCGAAUGGGAGAAGACUGGACAAUGGUACAUGCAAGCUCAUCCCAUCUCCUACUCAGUCACCUGACGAACCCAUCCCUGAUGCAUGCAGUCUUGAGUGUUUGAAUGGAGGGCAGUGUUUCCUGAAUGCCAGAAAACAACCUAAGUGCCGCUGUUCACCUAGUUAUCAUGGAGAGAGGUGUGAAAUUGAUCAGUGUCGGGACUACUGUAAGAAUGGAGGAAAUUGUGCCCCAUCACACACAGGCAUACCAACAUGCAGAUGUGCCACUGGGUUUACUGGUCCUACAUGUCUUCAGCAAGUGUGUACUCCGGACUACUGUGAAAACAAUGCCACAUGCUCUGUGAACAUAGGAAAUCAGCCAAACUGCCGCUGUCCCGCUGACUACAUUGGAGACAAGUGUCAAUACCGAAAGUGUUCUGACUACUGUGAGAAUGGAGGAGUCUGCCAGCUUAGUGCUAACGGGACUAAGAACUGCCGCUGUUCUCCGCUGUAUGAAGGCAGCCGCUGUGAGAAACACUGGUGCACUCGAUGCGUAUAUGGAAAAUGCAACAUAAACAGUGGGAAAGUUUCCUGCACGUGCAAUGAUGGACGCAUCGCCAAGUCUUGCAUGACAUGCAACAACUACUGUAUGAAUGGAGGGACAUGUACUAUCAACCAGCAAACGGAGAUGCCAGAGUGCCAGUGCACAUCGGAGAUGACUGGCCCUACAUGUGAAGUGUUCCUAGGAAAAGCAGAGUCGACUUCUAAGACUGCCUCCAUUGUAAUUCCCAUUUUGUUAAUAAUCGUGCUUGUUCUCCUUGGAAUUGGAAUAUUCUUCUGGUAUAGACAUCGAAUGAGCGGGGCUAAAGGUUUCCAGCAUCAGCGAAUGACCAAUGGAGCCAUUAAUGUAGAAAUUGGCAAUCCAACCUACAAAAUGUAUGAAGGGGAGCCAGACGACGAUGUAGGAGAACUGCUUGAUGCAGACUUCACUUUAGAUCCAGAUAAGCCUACAAACUUCACCAACCCAGUCUAUGCCACUCUGUAUAUGGGAGCUCACAACAGCCGGAAUUCUCUAGCGAGCACAGACGAGAAGCGGGAGCUGCUGUCCCGUGGAGGAGAGGAUGACUUCUCAGACCCUUUGGCAUAGGGCAGAAAUUUUAGUAAAAAGAGAAAAAAAAUAGUUUAAAAACUUUUAUGGCGAAAAAAAACACACACACAAUCUAACGGUGUAUAAAGUGUAUAAAUGAAGGACUACUUUUAUAUUGAUCUCAGUAUUAUAAAUAUAUUUUUUUUCUUUGCCAUUAUUUUCUGGAACCUGUCAGCUCCUUGACCGUAUGUGCUCGGGACCUGCCUGUAAUUAGACUCUGCAAUAAACACAAAGUGGCAUGCAGAUCUUGUCCUGAAGAUAAGAGCGCUGGAAAGAGAGAAGAAGACUAGGAUAGUAAAGAAAGGCAGCUCAUUUUACAAGAAGAGGAAUCACAGAAACCAAGAAGGGGUGUUUUUAUCAUUUCAAGGGCUGGCCUUUUGAGCAAGACUGUUACACUAUUUUAUCCACUUCAAAAGUUGCCAGAAUGGUACAAAGUAACAGUGUAGAACACAUCAGAAGAGCUCUUUUGAGUACAUUUCCGCCUUCCUUUUCUUUAGUUGUUUUAUAUUGCUUCAUGUUUUAGCUACAGCAUACAGUAAAUAAUAGUUUUUAAAUUUUUAUUUUUUUAACAACGUAAUGAAGAGAGAGUGGUGUCAUUUUUUUUUUCUUCAGACCGAGCCUUUAGCAAGCCAAGUGAGCAAAUUUUACUUUGACAAGAAUAAUGGUUUGGUCACUUUCAGCAACCCGCUACUGCCACAGCAGCUGAAUGAACAGGAAGCCGCUCAUUGCAGGACCUUAGAAUGGAAUGCUUUGCUCCUGAUGUUAAAACAUGAAAGUCCGCACACAGGUGACUGGGUCCACCUUCCACGGCAAACAAGGAACUGCUUGUACAAAUGUUAUUGUGCCUGGUUACUGGAAAGCCAAAAGAACAAUCCCUUUUUCUAACCAGAGAAAGGACCACCCCUUCCCCCACAACCCCCACUCACCCAAUGAAUGUGUUGCAACAAACAGCUCUGCUUUGCUACCAGUACCGUCAAGAUCAUACAGUUCAAGGGCUUUUUGUUCUGUUAAUCGCUUCAGUUUUGCUGCCGCAGUCGUCUUUGGUACUAUGAUUCUAGAAGAACAAAAAAUGUUUUAUUUUCCUUAGAUUCCAAGAUGAGGAGGUGCUUGAUGCUUGGGAGAUAAAAUAAUAAUCUCUUGUGAUUAAGCCUCUUCUCAUUAUGUAUUGGAAAGGUGAAAUGUCUAUUUUAAGAACAAUAUUGGUUUUUUUUUUCAUUGUCCCAAUCCCGAAAUGUUAAUUGCAGGGUUUUUUUUCACAUUAACUUGUGUGUCUCUUCACACUAUAAUCCCCACUAGUGUUUUAUUGUUACUUUAAUGAAACAUGAGAAUUUUAUUUCAAACUCACAAGCCUUUCUCAUAGAACACUUGGUGAGCAGAGUCAGCAAUCCUUAACACAGGCUCUCUAACAUUUUAUUUUAUAUUUUCUAAGGAAUACAUUUGUUUGUAGCACUGCACCUUUUGAAGAGUACUUGUCACAUACACACAGUGUUGACAGAUAAUUUGUGGGUUGAAACAAUAUUUGGGCUAUCACGAGAAAAUGGUGAUUUUAUUGAGGCACGGGGUGAUUCAAUUGUCGUCUUUUAAAUAUUGGUUCAGUCCCCAGAAUGGCUGCCUCCAGAAGAAUAUGGGUACACUUUAAGCAUCUGUAUGGUUGUGAGGUGUUUGAUCACUGUCCCUUUUACUGCUUGGUGGCCUUGCAGCCCAAUGUUGUAUUAACAAUGUUGGGGUUUAAUUGUGUUUUUAUGUAGUCACGAGUCAUCAUCUUGUCUACUCAUUCAGAAAAUAUGUUGUCCUUUUAUACAGUUAAGCAGCAUACUUCAUAAAAAUAUGUUUUUUCUAGACAUUGGAAGGGCCUGGGAAGUAACAAUGGUCAUGUUAGAACUGUAAAUGUGACAGUCACGUAACACACAAACAGUCUUGGAAGAACUGUCGCUCUUCAAGUACGUUCUACGAUUAUUGACAGUCAUCUCUAUAGUAUGAUGAUCAAGUGGGUUAUUUUGCACAUGAGCAGAGCGGCACAUUAAUAAACAGAGGAAAUCUGCUAUGGACAUUCGAUAUUGAAGUCUAAACUCUUUGUAACAGACUACUUUGACAUUACACUUGGUUUUUAAGCUCACGCUCUAUUACCACAGGAAAGAAGAAUUUGAGUGGUUUGGGGCGUCCUCUAUCUACUAGGUUUCCAUCUGCAUGAGACAUGGGAGAGUUGACUGCAAUAAAAGCAACUAUUUAUAAAAUACUAAAUGCCAUUCUAUAUAGAAGAGGUGAAUAAAUCAUGCAAUAAUUCAAUAUCUAUCGAGUAAAAAAGCACACUGAAUAAAAUGCUUUAAGUGCACAAUAUAAAUAUUUGCAUUAAUAAAUUGGGGUCACUUUUAAGUUUCUAAAUAAUUUUACAAGGACAGAGAGAAGUCAAUGAAAGUAAUGUUUGCACCUUUCUGCCCAUAGUGAUCACUAACAUGGUGGUGGUUUUGAGUAAUCUAUUCAUAGAUCAUGAGCGAACCAGCCACAGGAUCAUGGGUAACGCCAGACACUUGUCUUUGUUUUUUAGUUUUGUUCAAAGUAUUGUUGCACUAUAUAGCCUUACUAUGUAAUCGUUACUGUUCUCCCAUUGUCAUCACACUUUGUUUCCUCAUCCUUGUUGAGUGGAAAUGACAGAUUAAUUUUAUCACAACAAUUUAAUCUUUCAAGAGCUAAAAGACAUUAAAGGAGAUAUUAAGAUAAGUCAUCGCACCUCUCCAAAUCUGACUCAGCCUAAGGGCUUUGUUAGAUGUACCUUUUCUGACAGUUUUUUUUUUCUUUUCUUUUUUUUACUUUUUAUUCCUUGGUUUGAAAUGUAAAACCAUGACCAGAAAAUCAUUCCGCUCUCUCAUUUCCUCUAUAUCCGAUGUGCUUAAUGGUUUAUAAUGUUCACAUGCAGUAUUUUUGUUUAUAUGUUGGUUCUGGAAAGCACUCAUUUCAAAAAUGUUUAUCGGGCUGAAUUGAGGGGAGGCAGGGUUACAAAAAGAGUUUUAAUAAUUUUUGCUGGAUUACUUUACAACUUAAAUAACACAGAAUAUUGUUAUAAAUAAAAUGGAAAAUUAUACUGA